UGUCGUUUACAGUCGGUGCACGUUGUCGUGUUUUCUUUGUUAACUUUCGUGCCGAAGCUGAAGCGUGCCGAUGUCUUCGGCUCCUGUGCAAUGCCUUGUUCUCUGGAACCAGCGCAAAAAGGUGAUGCAACUCAGUGGCAAGAACCAAAAAGCGGAUUUGAUUUCUGCUUUGUUAAGCAGCGACUUUCGGGAUGCAGCUGAUUGUGAAAGGAUUGAGGUGUACAACAGUCGGUUUGACACAUUUGUGGACAUAGAAGACGACCACACCUUUUGUGAUGGAGAUAGGAUCCAACUUGUGGCUCCACAGCACACAAACAAAGAGGUAGAGUACCAGGAUCAUGGAACGAACGAAAAUGAAGGAGAUGUGCUGACAAACAAUGAUGAAAGCGACGUAAUGUCAGCUGCAAGCACGUCGGGCCCAGCCAUCUUCCCCAGACAUACCCAUCGUGGAUAUAAGCUGCCAGCUAUGCCUUUUGAUAUCAAGGUUGAUAUUGCAAACCUCAAACAGGGAGAGCUGUCUUCCUCCACAAAAUCACGCAUUGUGUCGUGGAUAACAACACACCUCCGCACAAUAAGCUUGUACCCUGGAGAACUGUAUGACUGUGCAGCAAAAGAACUGGUACAAGAAUACCCAAUCCUCAGAGAUUUCAUCGGCACAGGCUAUGACUCAUGGAAGGUGGCCUUUCAGUACAGAAUGGGCAAUGUGCGUAAGUUGAUGCGCAAUGUGCCUGUUGUGCAAGAGGCCAGAAAGAAAUUUGGCCAUAAAAGAAGUGUACAGGACACUUCUCGGUCUCUGAAGCAAUGCCGCAUGGCUAUGAUUGACACCCCUGAGGAGCAUGUCGACAGCGUGUCACUGGAGGGGCAUGUGAGCUUCAUGAAAACAGAAAUGAAAAGACGGGUCCCAGAUUUGCUUAAACUGAGGGACUCCAUGAAGAAGACACUGGGAGAGAGAAGGAAUUGGAUAAGGGACGCCAAUCCAUCGACUGCUCAAGUGCUUGAAAAAUAUCCUGCUUUAGCAAUCAGUGACAUUCUACACCAGGAGUUUCAAGCUGUGACUGGUGUCAACCUUGAGAAAGAAUUUCUCAACUUCAUCAAUGUGCAUGGAGACAGGUGUCUUUAUUUAACAAAGACACUCCGCAAUGCAAAGGAGCCUCUAUCAAAAAUAGAGACUGAGAUGGCCACACUUGAAGGCGAUGCUAAGAAACACCGCUUUGCUGUUGGAGUGGUCGAGAUAUUGGCCUUCCUGGUGAAGGAAAAACCACAUUUUUUAGGAAGGCUGGAUGUCUACCCGGCACUUAUCACCAAGGACACUGAAGAUGGAACGAUUUUGUUUGCGGCAUUUGAAGGGUUGGAAUUGGAAGCCCUCGACUUGAUAGGAGGAUUUGUUCUGCUCAUGGAAUUUUACUGGGUUUUCAAUGUAAAGUACAGUCACAAGAACAAAAAUGUUUUUGCACUUGUUGAACAUUUUUGUGGACUGCCAUCAUCAAGACCAGCAACACUUGGGACACUGCAGGCAAUUUCAGCAAUUAAGAAGCUGCAGACCUUGCCAGAGAAGGAAUGAUUAUAUACAAUAAUUUAAUAAAAUUUAUUUGU